UGUGGAAACAGUUUAACAGUUGUUACAAGGGUCCCCGUUGAUCCAACGACUCCACUCCAUACCAACAGGGGGCACUACAGACAUGUUGGCAAAAAAUAAUCCGGCUUCUCCUCGCCGUCACUUUCAUGCGACUGUCUCUGCUUUGUUUCUUCCGUACACGGCAGCGGAGUCGCACACGCCCACUUUUUUUCAAGAUACUUUCAGCUGUGUACAAACCGUCUGGUGAGUUGUCUAACGUUACAACCGCUCGGUCUAACAUGGCCAAGUCGAGUGAUCUGAAAAUCUUCCUGGAGUCUUCUCUGAAUGAGAUCUUUAAAGCGACAGUGAGCGACAUCCUGGACUCAGUGGACCGAACCCUGUCCGAGUACCAGAGCACAAUACACAGGAUAGAGUCUGAGAACGAGGGCCUGAAGCGGCUGCUGUUCGCACAGAAGAGCACGGAGUCUGCCAGCAGAGAUAUUCGUGAACAAGAUGCCACUGAAAAGUUUUUGACUUCAGAAUGGAACAGUCAUCCCAUCAACUCAGGCCAGGGCAUGUACAAGAUGUCCAUAUGCAGCAGUGACAAGAAGAGCUUCAGGAGGAAGCACAAAGACAAGAUGAGGGGGAGCGUGUCCUCUGCCUCCUUUUUACAGCAGACUGAUCAAAUGGUAGAAAAACCAUGUGUGAAUACAGCAGAAGUAGGCAUCUCCACCCAAAACAUGUCUGUAAAAACAGAGCCUGUCCUGGAGGAAAGCGGUGCUAUUGACCUCUCCCAACCUUCAUCCCUUCUUAAUCUGACAAUGAGGCCGAUUAAAAACGAGAGCACAGAGGUCAGUUUGGACAGUCAUGAUGCAUAUGCACCUCUGUCGCCAUCUACAGGUCUCGAUCAAGACUCCAGCGGCAGUGACAGUGAAGUUAAAGUCACCAUUGUUUCUGACAAUUACUUGCAGGAUGGGCAGUUCUUUAAGACCGAGGAAGAGGAGCAGAACGGUGUGAUGCCGUAUGAUGACAAUGGCUGUUUCUCUAAGCGAGAGUUAAAGCAUGCAUUGAGAUAUUACCCCGAGUUAGAAAUCGAACCAGAGGGAGCAAACAGACAGAUUGCGGAGCCAGAAGUAGUGAUUAAUGAGGAAAACGAAUCCCCCGCUGUUCCCGCAAAUGAGUUAUUGGAGGUCCGUGACAACUUUUUGCGCUGUCCCAUCUGUCCCAAAACAUUUAGUCGGGCAGCCUCGCUCAACGUCCACAUCAAGACUCACAGCGGUGAGAAGGCCCACAGCUGCAGCUACUGUGGUAAACGCUUUGGCCGGGCCGAUCUCCUCAAAUCCCACAAGCGCACCCACACAGGAGAAAGACCUUACAGCUGCAACAUCUGCAGCAAAACAUACGCCCAUCCCAGUCAGCUCAGGAUACACAAACGCAUCCACACUGGAGAGAAGCCGUAUUCCUGCUCGCACUGCGGGAAGCGCUUCAACGAACAUAACCAGCUCAAAGUCCACUUGCGGACUCACACUGGGGAGAGGCCUUACAGCUGCCAGGAGUGCGGCAAAACCUUCAGCAAUGCCGGCAACCUGCGUAUACACGAAAGGAUCCACACCGGUGAGAAGCCGUACUGCUGUGCUCAGUGUGGGAAAAGGUUCAACGGCUUGGGGGACCUCAAAACACACUACAGGAUUCACACUGGAGAGAGGCCCUACAGCUGUGAGCUGUGUAAGAAGACCUUCAGCCAAGCGGGCCACCUCACCAUACACAUGCGGAUGCACACGGGAGAAAGACCGUACAGCUGCAACGAGUGCGGCAAGAAGUUUACGGUGGCCAGCAGCCUCAAACUGCACCAGAGGACUCACACAGGAGAGAAGGAGUACAGCUGUUCAUACUGCAGCAAGAGCUUCAGCAGGUCGGGUCACCUGAAGCGACACGAACUGGUCCAUACCAAAGAGAAGGUCUUCCUCUGCAGCCAGUGUGGAAAGACAUACACCGACCAGUCCUCCCUUAAAAAGCACCUGAAGAUGCACGCAGCCAAGGAGCAGAAGGCUCAGAGCGAGGGCAGCACCAGCGAAGCUGAAACAAACGCAGCCCAGCCUUCAGCUUCUGAGACACUUUCAGACGCUGAUAGAAACUAGAACCAAAUUCUUGGGAGUAUUAUAAAAAAAUCUUUCAGUAAUUCAAAAGUAUAGACUGGGUGCUGAGUGUGAUUUAAAACAAUAAUCUUAAAGGUCUACUUACAAGCUUUUUCGGAAUUUUGAAAGGCAUCUCACGGUCUACAUCAGUUUGAGUAUUACAAAUUGCUGUGCCUUUAAACGUUUUAAUUCUGCUACUCAGGCUGAACCUCCUGUUUUAACAGAGCUGUGUUCAACCUGAAUCACCACUACUGUUCUGGCUGUGGAUGAAAGCUCCACGAAAAAAAAAGCUAGUAAGCGGACCUUGAGUUCAGAGAAUAAAGUUUAAUGCUCUAAGCUGUAAUGUGAUGUUUGUGGUACAGUGCAAUACACUGUUGUCUAAUCUUUGCUGUGAUUUAGUACGUAGGUUGAAAAUAUUUACCAAUACCGUAUGAUUGAUUAUCAUACAGCCUCUUAUAGCCUUCUCUCUCACAACACAGUGUAAAGAGAAACAGCUUGAAAACAGGACGGUAAAAGAACUUGCUGUAUGUUACCACAAUGUCUGUGGUUUGUUUUUGAAAUGCUGUAAAGGAAAAGAAAAAUUAUUAAAUGACAGGAAAGGUUUCAACCACCCUUCCAAAGUAAGACACUGAAUCCACUGGUCCUGAGCUUUGACCUCCUAGUGGAGAAAUUAAAAGUUCUCCACAGGGGUCAGUAAAAAAAGAACAAUACAAUUGUUUUAGAAAUAUUAAGCUUCUGAACAUGUUUAUACAAUUUGUAGUAGCCAGAGGGUUAGAAAUGUGUGCUGCAACACUGAUUUAAGGUGAAAAUCAUGAAUAUAUUGCUGUAUAUAGCUUUAACUAUACAGUCAGCAGUCUGAUCAGUUGAAGUGAUAAGAAUGUAUUUGUGUAGUAAUGUUACUGAAAAUAAUGUUACUGCAGAUAUUCAGUAUCGAUUAACCAGCGUUCGGUAGUUAAUUGAUAAUUGUUUUGUAAGCCAUGCUGAUCAAUGAAUGUGAAGAUUCUACAGGAUGUGUUUUAGGCUGUUCACUGUUCUACCAGGAAACAUGUCUCUUACCAUGCAUUAUGUUACAACACACAGGAGUGCAAUGUCAUGUUUGUGAUGAUGGGGCUGCUGUUUGUGGUGGCAACUGGCUGAUAUACAGUACCUGCACAGCAGUGUAUAUUAAACUGCUACUAGGAUUUCAUUGUGACUUACUUUUGUGUGAUUUGUGUCUAAAUUAAAGAGAAAAUUUUACAA